AUGUUCAGAUCUCUUGGCUCUCAGCAUCGGCCUCUGGCUCGACUUGGUGCUUUUCACCAGCACAAGCCCAAAGCUCUGUUAGCCAGCCGACAACUAAGUCUAUGGAACCCACCAAAAUUUGAGAAUGAAAAAAUGUUCGACUAUGCCAAGGGCUCUCCUGAACGAGCCCAACUAACAGAAAGCAUCAAGAAGCUCAAAAGCUCGUUCCCUGUCAAGAUUCCUAUUCAAAUCAGCGGCUCAGAGCAUCAUCAGAUUACCAGCACUCAAACUCUCAAACAGCAAAACCCGUCAAACCACAAAGAAGUCGUGGCAGAAUACGCAACCGCCACGCCUGAGCAUGUCAACGCAGCUAUAGAUGCCGCUCUCAAGGCCAAGCCCGCUUGGGAAGUUCUGCCCUUUGAAGAUCGUGCUGCCAUUUUCCUUCGUGCAGCUGAGUUGGUAACUGGUAAAUAUCGCUCUGAUAUCGUCGCUGCUACCAUGCUAGGAAUGGGCAAGAAUAUCUGGCAGGCUGAGAUUGAUGCUCCAGCUGAGACAGCAGACUUCUUCCGUCAUUACAUAGAUGAGGCAUGGAAGCUAUAUGCUCAGCAGCCCAAGGUUCAGACGCCUGGUGUAUGGAAUAAGAUGGAGUAUAGACCAUUGGAGGGAUUCGUAUAUGCAGUGUCACCUUUCAACUUUACUGCUCUUGGUGCCACGCUCGUCGGACCAGCUGCGUUACUCGGGAACGUCGUGGUUUGGAAGCCUUCUGACUCAGCUAUACAUGCAAGUUGGCUUCUGUAUCAGAUCCUUCUUGAAGCUGGUCUUCCAAAGGAUGUAAUUCAGUUCUUGCCAGGCGACCCCAACGAGGUCACUGAUGCGGUCCUGAAGAGACCUGAAUUCGGCGCUCUAACCUUCAUCGGCUCUACCAAGGUCUUCAAGAGACUGCAGAAGAAGAUCGGUAACGGUAUUGGGGAUGAGAUAUACAACUCGUAUCCCCGCGUUGUUGGAGAGACUGGCGGCAAGAACUGGGGUAUUGUGCACCCAACUGCAGAUGUCAAGAGUGCUGCUCUCAACACGGUUCGCGCAGCCUUUGAGUACCAGGGACAGAAGUGCUCGGCCAACUCUCGAGUCUACGUCACCGAGUCAGUAUGGCCUGAGUUCAAGAAGCAUCUCCAGGAACAGGUAUCUGCUCUGAAGGUUGGAGAUGUCGAGAACUACGAAAACUUCAUCAACCCGGUUAUUCAUGAAGCUUCGUUUGAUAAGCUUAGCAAGAUUAUUGAAGAUGCCAAGAGUGACAAGGAUCUGGAGCUUGUCGUUGGCGGCAAGGCGUCUAAGGACAAGGGAUACUACGUCUACCCAACUGUCUACCAGACUACCAACCCUCGUCACGAAAUCAUGACACAAGAACUGUUCGGUCCCAUCCUCGGCAUCUACGUCUUUCCAGAUAAUGAGUGGGAGGAAACCCUAAAGCUCCUUGACACAACUUCGAGGUAUGCCCUGACAGGCAGCAUCUUUGCCAAAGACCCCUACGUACUACGCCAUGCUCAGAACGCUUUGAAGCACGCUGCUGGCAUGCUUUAUCUUAACACAAAGUGCACCGGUGCAGUGGUGGCUCAGCAACCGUUUGGUGGUUCUCGUGAUUCGGGUACUAAUGAUAAGACUGGUACUAUGGCCCAUUUGCAGAGGUUUGUGAGCACGAGGACGAUCAAGGAGGAGUUUGUGCCGUUGGAGAAAGUUCUAUACCCUUCCAAUGAAUAA